GGGAAGGUCACGGCGCGAGCUGGCGCGCGCCGCCGUUCGUGUCCCGCCUGCGGCCCGCGCCCUCAGCCUGCUGCCACCGUCGCUCGUCCGCCAGCGCGUGCGGGAGUCAUGGAGGGAGUGAGCGCGCUGCUGGCCAGCUGCCCCACGGCCGGCCUAGCCGGCGGCCUGGGGGUCACGGCGUGCGCCGCGGCCGGCGUGCUACUCUACCGGAUCGCACGGAGGGGGAAGCCAACACAUACGAUGGUCAACUGCUGGUUCUGCAACCAGGACACAUUGGUGCCCUAUGGGAACCGCAACUGCUGGGACUGUCCCCACUGUGAGCAGUACAACGGCUUCCAGGAGAACGGUGACUACAACAAGCCGAUCCCUGCACAGUACAUGGAGCACCUGAACCACGUGGUGAGCAGUGCGCCCAGUCCCCGUGACCCCACGCAGCCACAGCAGUGGGUGAGCAGCCAAGUACUACUGUGUCGGAAGUGCAGCCACCACCAGACUACCAAGAUCAAGCAGCUAGCUGCCUUCUCACCCCGGGAGGAGGGCAAGUACGAUGAGGAGAUCGAGGUAUACCGCCACCACCUGGAGCAGAUGUACAAGCUGUGCCGGCCAUGCCAGGCGGCUGUUGAAUACUACAUCAAGCACCAGAACCGCCAGCUGCGUGCCCUGCUACUCAGCCAUCAGUUCAGGCGCCGGGAGGCUGACCAGGCCCAUGUGCAGAGCUUCUGCCCCUCUGCAGUGAAGGCCCCAGUCCAGGUCAUCCUGCUCCGUGCCCUGGCCUUCCUGGCCUGUGCCUUCCUGCUGACCACUGCACUAUAUGGCCCCAGCGAUCCCUUAACCCCAGGGGCCGCUCUGCCUCCAGCUCUGCCACCUGGUGGCAAUGGUUCUGCUGCCCCAGACAACGGCACUGUCCCCAGUCCUGAGGGCUGGCAGCAGCUGCUGGGCCUGCUGCCCGAGCACACAGCAGAGAAGGUACUCAUGGCCUGGGCCUUUGGACAGAGCCAUCAGACGAGCAUCGUGGCACUGGGCCUGCUCACCUGCCUACUGGCCAUGCUGCUGGCCGGCCGCAUCAGGCUCAGAAGGAUUGAUGCUUUCGCCACCUGUCUCUGGGCCCUGCUGCUGGGGCUGCACCUGGCUGAGCAAUAUCUGCAGGCUGCCUCGCCCCGCUGGCUGGACACACUCAAGUUCAGCACCACAUCCCUGUGCUGCCUGGUGGGCUUCACCGCAGCUGUGGCCACAAAGAAGGCGACGGGCCCACGGAGGUUUCAGCCCCGAAGGUACUUCCCAGGAGAGUCUGCUGGCCUGUUCCCCUCCAGCCCCAGCUUGGCCAUGUCUCACCCAAGUGUCACAGCCUCCUCACCAUCCCUGUUCAUCCCCACCCCACCCGGCUUCCUGCCACUCGCCAACCAGCAGCUGUUCCGGUCUCCCCGUCGGGUUUCGCCCUCCUCACUGCCAGGCCGCCUCAGCCGGGCCCUCUCACUGGGAACCAUACCCUCUUUGACCCGAGCAGACUCGGGGUACCUGUUCAGUGGGAGCCGCCCACCAUCCCGGGUGUCUCGACCCAAGGAGGUUCCUCUUUCAGAUUACUUCUCUCUGCUGUCGGGGAGCCUCCCCUCCUCCCCUCUCCCCUCCCCGGCACCCUCUGUGGCCAGCUCAGUGGCCUCCAGCUCCGGCUCCCUGCGCCACCGCAGGCCUCUCAUCAGUCCUGCCCGGCUCAACCUGAAGGGGCAGAAGCUGCUGCUGUUCUCAUCGUCCCCCGGGGAGGCCCCCAACAUACCUAGCAGCUCCGAAGAGCACUCACCACUCAAUGGCAGCCUCUUCACCAUUGAGCCUCCCCAGCUCCCCCAGAGGCAGCCCAUGCAGGAUACAAAGCACACCAUGGACAUGAGGUCAGUACUGGCCAGAGGCAGUGCCUACAGCAACCACUCCAUCAAAAAAGAGGACGAUUCGUCCCAGUCAUCCACCUGUAUAGUGGACACCACCACCAAAGGGUGCUCAGAGGAGGCCACCGCCUGGAAAGGGCAUUUCAGCCCCUCCCUGGUCCGGGGCCUCCUGGCUGUGAGCUUGGCUGCCAAUGCUCUCUUCACCUCGGCCUACCUGUACCAGAGCCUGCGCUGACCCCCAGAGUGUCCAGAGGGCCAGGUGCGCACUGCUUCCACCACUGCCGCCCAGAACCUCCCAGAGAGGCUGUGCCUCCACCCUGACUCCAGGGCCCUUCACCUCAUGGAUUGCAAGUUCCUGUCCUCAGGAGGUCUGCUCUCCUCAUCUGACAGACUGCAGGGCCGAGUGUGUCCAAGGUCAUGCUCUUUGCCCACCACCUCCUUGGCUGAUAUUGAAUGUGUUUGGUGCUGACACUCUGACCCCGAAGCCAGGGAUCCCUAACAGGCUGCCUGACCCUGGGGUCCCCUCCCCCUCAUCCAGCAGGGACAGCAGUACUACUGUAACUACAGCAGGAGCCAGCCAGGCUGCCUCUGACCCACUCCUGCCAGCCAAGUCCUCAUCUUCCUACAGUACUCUCCUGGGGAGGGCCACCUUGGAGCCCCACAGGAUGAAGAAGACCCCUGGGGCAGAAGAGGGAUGAGCCCUGGGUCACUGUGUCCUUGCUCUGCCCCCACUAGAGAGAGCCUCCCUUGGACAAGUCCCCUUAAGGAUAGGCAUUGCCUGCCUGCCUUGCCCCUUCCUGUUGGCCCCGGACAGGUGAGCAGAGGGGGCUGCCUAUAGCUCUCGGCCCCAGGACCAGUGUUAGGUGCCACCCCACUCCUCUCACACUUUGUUCUCCUGCCUUCUGCACCCCUAUUCUGGUAACCGUCCUAGGAAGCAGCCCAUUCCCCUGAGAUCACCAAGGACCCCGGCCCUGUUUGUCCAGGACCCUCCCUCACGAGCUGCCCACAGGGUCCUUGCCUAAUCCCUCAGCUCCACAGGAGCUGUACAUCUCAGACCAGAUGGACCCCUCCCUACCCUCACUGGG